GACGUCAGAGGUCAGCUGACCGGUUUGUUUUGCUGCUCGAGCUCGUCCCGAUAAAAACACCACGGAGGAAGAAGAAGCGACGACAUUUAAAAAACACAAACCGCCGCUGCUUCUCCUCUUCCUCCGCUCCGGUUUCUCACAACCAGCCACGGACUCUUUUAUAACCCGUUUUUAGCUUUUAUAUCUCCUCUUUGGAACGGUUUUUUGUGUUUCUACCUCCUGGUUUUCCUCCACUGCCAGCCGGCUGACUUUGACGCAGUAUGCCUUCAGAAAAAACCUUCAAACAAAGAAGGACGUUCGAACAGCGAGUAGAAGAUGUGCGACUGAUCCGAGAGCAGCACCCCAACAAGAUCCCGGUGAUCAUUGAGAGGUACAAAGGAGAAAAGCAGCUUCCCAUCCUGGACAAGACCAAGUUCCUGGUGCCCGACCACGUCAACAUGAGUGAACUGAUCAAGAUUAUCAGGAGGCGCCUCCAGCUGAACUCCAACCAGGCUUUCUUCCUGCUGGUCAACGGCCACAGCAUGGUGUCUGUGUCGGCCGCCAUCUCUGAGGUGUACGAGCGCGAGCGGGACCAGGACGGCUUCCUCUACAUGGUCUACGCCUCCCAGGAGACCUUCGGCGCCGCUGCAGCCGCCCAGUGAACGGCCUUCCUCCUCCCUCCAUCCAUCCAUCCAUCCUCCUCGGCGUUUGGACAAUUGUAAUUUUUAGCCUCCCCCUCUCUCCCCCUGCUGCGCGCCUUUAGUCUCGACUGUAAGAACGAAACAAACAAAAAACAACACAAACUGCUAAAAUCCAAACACAGCAUUUGGUCAUUUAUCUUUAGCGUUACAGCAGCAGAUAGACUGUUUGUGUACCGCCACACUCACCCAGUAGCAAAAAGUCUCACAGGGUUGAAGCAGAACAGUUUAGGUAGAGAAACCCCCAAAGUCUGAUGGUGACUCAGGCCGGUAGAGUCUUUCAGUGUGUGUUGCUUCGUCCUCUCCGGUUAAAAUCCCGUCUCGUACCUGAUGACGACAGUUCUGUUCAGUGUUGUGGUGUCUCCUAGGCUGUAUUUCUGUUAAUGUAUAUAUACACAGUUCAGGUAGUGAUGUUACGUACAGGUGGUGAGGCGCCACCACUUAUCUAUCUACACACACACACACACAUAUAUAUAUAUAUAUAUAUAUAUAUACAUUAGAUUAUGAACAAAGCCAGGUUUGUGGAGACGAGAGAUUGUUUUUAACCGAGGGUUUUUACUGCAGUUGCAAAUAUAAAGCUUUAGGGAUUUUGUUUAAAUUGUUUUUGUUGCCGGAGACGUUUUAAAAAUUAAGUGUUAAUCAAGUGCAUCUCUGCUGUGUGUCUCUUCACACCCCCCCCAUCCAUCCGUCAGUGUUUUUAAUCCCUCCCUGCCUUGUAGCCUGAAACCAUCUUCACCAUAACAGAAAAAGAUGUUAGGAAAUAAAAAUCAAAAAAACGCUUUGCUCUGAUGAUUGUAGUUUGCAACGAAAACAGAAAACGUUUAAAAAAAAAAUGCCUUGGUGUACAGAUGAUAUAGACUAUUAUUAAAGGGGUUCCGAUCAGAGUGUAGCCAAGUUGAUUUUGGAGACACUACGAGGAGCGUGGUCCGACUGCAUGUGUGAAUGGAGGAUGAGCGGAGACAGCGUCCUCAUCUUUGUUUUUUUUGUGGAAAGUAACUUUAAGGAAUGCCAGGUUGAUGAGCGUCGCGUCCGGCUUGUCCGUGUGUGUUUUCCCUUUGACCUGCAGGGCUGAUUUCUGUCAUUCACAGCGAGUUCUGACUGAACAUCCGCCCUGUUUGGUUUUUAAAGGGCUGCACUGCUGAACGUCCUCGUCUGUCUCCUCCUCCUCACCUUCUUCUUAACAAGUUCGAGGUUUUAGCUGCUUUAUAUCGCAGUAUUUUAUCUCUUUUUGUUUCUUUUUAUUUAAUGUGGUUUUUAUCUCAUUGUACGACACGUCUCGACUCUUGGCCGUCUGCAGUUGUGUGAAGGUGACUUGAUUUUGUUCCCGACUCGUUAAAGCCACUGUGUGUUGGUUACAGAGGGGUGGAGCAUUUGUUUCAGUGCUGUCUUUUCUGCCUGCUCCUCGGUUUCAAACACACACAUUCACACACAGCAAUAUCACACAGCCUCCUUUAUGUAUUUAUGUUGGUAUUUUGUAAACAAUAAAACCAGAAAAAAAGCAA